AGGGCAAGGUUUAUAUCUGCUCAGAAUCCUGGAGUCUUUCUUACAGCUGAGAUAACUUUCUGCCCGUUGUUUUUCUGAAGGAGCAAGUUUUUCUAUUUGUUUUUCCUCAGCAAGCAUACAUCGUGUACUUUGGGGUUGAAUUUGGAAUUCUUUUUUUUUUUUUGGAAACUAAAUGACUAUUGUCUUACAUAAUCCAGAUUGAAUAAAUACAAUUAUUAAUUUAACAUAAAUCUGGGAUUUUCCAACUUCUCACCCACAAAGCGAGUAUAGACAUCUCUGGAGUUGCAGCCCCGUCAGAAUGCAUGGCGACCGGCAUCACGCUGAGGAUAUUGAACGAAGUCCAGUAGAGCUGUUGCCCAGAAAUCCAUACUGUUCGAAUGAAGGAACCCACUGUGGUUGUAGAUUGCCCACAGGGACCCUCCAGCCGCAGUGGGUUACAGCAAAACCAUGGUCACUCUGGAAAACAUUUCUGGUGUGUCUCUUGGCCUGUCUAAUUGCCACAACACUUGUUGUUCUGGUCUUAUAUUUUGUCCACUUCAGCAAGCCCAUCAACAGUACAACCAUCAUCAUUCACGCAGAUGGAAAGUCGAAUCAUGUCACCUGCAUCCCUGGUUCUACCCCAUCUCCUGCCUUAUCAACCCUGCCUGGAUCUCCUACCCCUUUACCCAACCAAAGCUCCCCCACCAAGGUAUCUCCAUCCCCCAUAGAGACCACUAAAACAACACUGGAGCAUGAAAUUAUCAUUGAAGAACAAAAAUGACAUUUUUGAGCCCUUAGCAUUCCUCCAGCGAGAUCAACACCCUCCCCCUGGAGGAGGCAUGUCCAGGGGUCCUCUCUUUCCUGCCAAGAGGUGACAAAGCAUUUGGUUUCAUGAGAGCUUGCCCUUUUUGCUCCAAUCAUUGGCUGAAUUCCCAUAUCGUGAUGACUCAGUCUUGGACCCUCCAAGGUUCAAAUGAUUGCAAAAAGAUUUUUUUCAACUGAGCCCGAUUCAUUCAGGCUGGGGCCCAGAACUUCCUUUUUAAUCCCUCCUAUACAACCAACUUUAUUCUUCACAAAUGGUUUCCACUGAGGAAGAGGAUCCCACUUUACUUUGCUCCCUGCCUGUUGGCUCUUAAGCCAGUGUUUACCUUCUAGCUAUUGCUUCUUUUACAAUCUCAUAUACUUCACUAUUUUCAGCAUUUGUAUUCCAGCGGGAAGAAGGAAAUGUUCAAUUAAAGUACUUAACGAGCAAGAGUUUUUUAAAUACCUGUCAGGUAUUAGAGACUCAUUUUUCUUGUUGGGAAAUUCAGAAAAGAGAUUAGUGAAGUUAGGAAUAAUCAAGGAAGAUUUUGGAGAGAAACUAAGUUGAAAAAGGGUGAAGAAUUGGACUUAGGUAGAGGUAAUUAAAAUAGAAAAUGAGAGGGUUAAAAGGGUUUAAUAGAUUUAAAAUCAAAAGCACGCUUAGAAUCACUUCAAAUGUAAUGUAUUUUAUAUAUCUACAUUUUUUUCAGUGAUAUUGUCAACAUCAUUUUCCACAUUUGAUAUUUUCCUUAAUAUCUAAAAUACCAGAAACUACUACUUAGAAAAUUUGAAGUCUAAAAUUGUUUUGUAUUUUGUACUAUAAUUUUGAGGACACAUUGCUUGCGAUUUGCUACACACAAGAUGUGUUCAAUAUUUAUAUUGACAGUUUAGUAUUCACUAAAAGCAUAUACAUUUCAUUCUGGGAGAGACUUUAGAGUUAAAUAAACCUUCCCAUUCUACCCCCAACCUCUAAACUCUAUAAAAAUGGGAGACUGUAUUAGACAAGGAGCCUUCCUACCCAGACUUGGCCCCAUGAGAGGAUAUUAAAGCCUUGGUAUCCAGGUUCCAACUUCUGAUUGUCUUUUGCUUACCAUUAGAGGUUCUUUGUUUUCCUAAAGCAAAAGGCUUUGUAUUCUAUAUAAUUCUAGGUUGAUUUGCUGCAGUCAAUAAUAGGCUAUGUGAAUUGGAAUAUACUUUGAGACCUUAUUGAACACUUAAGACUCCACAAAAGAAGGAUCGGAAAUAUAGACAUUCCUUACAAAAUUGUUCUAUAUGGGCAGCUCGUAUUAUUUGUCAGACACCAAGAGAUGUACAAAUUUGAGUCCUUGGAGAAUAAUUUUUAUACCACAAAUAUCAUUAAACUUAAGAACUUAUCAUUAAACUUAAGAAUGAUGAUAUUUUAGAAAAGAAAGAUCAGAAAGUUCUAGAUAGGGUUAAUAAACACAAGGGAGUAAAUGUGUAUGCAUGUUCCCCUAGUAUGAUCCUAAACUGAUUCAUUUCUAUUAUAGUUUUUAUUUAAAUGCCUGUGAAGAAGAAAGACUAAAUUUAUUAGGUUCAAAUGUACUUCCUAAGAUAAUUUAAAUUUCACUUUGCGGUAUAAAAGUAAAAAAAGCUUUUUUAAAAAAGAUAUACUACAGAUGUGGUAUGGUAACAUGGGGAUGUGGUAUGGUAACAUGGUAACAUACCCCUUUAUGUUUAAGGAGAAUCUUAGCAAUGAAUUUCCUACAUUAAAUAUUGGGUUGGGAGAUAUUGUAAUUAAGUCAUCUGACAUCAUUGGGUUUCUGUGCUUUGUAAAAUAGAGAUGUAAAUGAGUUCUUGGAUUCUCUGUUCUGCUUUAGAAUUUUAUGGUUUAAUAAAAUUUUAAAAUAGUAAA